AUGCACGCGAACGUGACAUCAGAUAAAGCUGGUGGUGGCGGCGGAUCAUGGCGUCUACCACCGGAUGAAACUCUGCAAGUGCAAGAUCCAAAACAAAAAGAUGAAGACUUGGACUUGGAUGAGGGUCACAAUUGGAGAAGUAUCAUAUUUUCAUUGUUAGUGAUAAGUUUCGUAAUUGCCGGCAUUAUUACCGCCAUUUAUCUCUUAGGUUACGUAGAUGAAUUGUUGUAUUGGUCGGGGAGACGAAUGAUAUUAGAUGAAUAUCUUCAGGGUGAUUUGACACCGACGCGAUUAGAACCGUCUUGGAUUACCACCAAGAAAUAUGUUUUUCAAUCGGAUGAUGGCGGCUUGUCGGUAUUGGACACAACUACCAACACAGUCAGCACUUUGGCUACUAAUCACACUCUUCGCCAAUUAAAUGUUCAGGGUUAUCAUUGCUCGAACGAUUUGCGAUAUGUACUUUUCAGGCAUAACGUUAAAAAGAUUUUUCAAAGAUCAUUUACGGCGUUCUAUACAAUAUACGAUGUUGAAAAUGAUCAUCACAUGCCGGUAAAACUGAAGGAUUCUCCCAAAGUGCAGAGAACACGACUGCAAUACGCUGCUUGGCUGGGCAACACGACUUCACUUCUCAUUGUAGCCGAUAAUGACAUAUAUUUGAGGCAAUCACCGGCCGAUGAAGAAGAUGUGCGUCUAACGUACACCGGCUACGCGAAUUUAAUAUACAAUGGAAUACCUGAUUGGCUUUAUCAAGAGGAAAUAUUUGACAGGCCCGAAGCCAUUUGGUCAUCCGCAGAUGGCACGCAUUUCAUGUAUGCCACAUUUAAUGACACCAAUGUAGGUAUGAUGACGUAUCCUUGGUUAGCAUCUGGUGCUGUGAUAACCGGUAGUGGCAUGUCUGCUGGCAGUUCGUUUCCAGAAACAAAAAAUGUUCGCUACCCAACGCCUGGUACAAUUAACCCUACGGUGCAACUAUGGAUUGUGAACUUAACGAAUUUCAGCGAAAGAGAGCAACUGCUGUUGAAACCACCGCCUUCUUUGGACGGCCAGGAUUAUUAUCUUACAUCCGCCGGUUGGGUAACAGAUAGCAAUUAUCAGGUGUCUGUAGUGUAUAUGAUGAGAUCUCAAAACUACAGCAUAGUGACCACAUGCUUCGGUGACAAAAAUUGGGAAUGUACUGAGAUACAUUCGGAGCGCGCCCCGGAAGAUGAAUGGCUCGACAUACUGCCACAUCCAGUCUUUUCACCAGACGGUAAUAGUUUUCUUUUAUUAGCCAGUGUUCAGGAAUCGGGUACCGAGCAUUUUACUCAUAUAAAACAUGUAACAAUAAGUCAACAAAGAAUCGCGGUCAUCUCCCACGGCAGAUAUGAGGUAUUGAAAAUACUUUGCUGGGAUACCGCUAAUCAUUUGGUAUAUUAUCUGGGUACAAAAGAUAAAAAACCCGGUCAACGGCAUUUGUAUACUGUUAGAGAUCCUGUGAACGAAGAUAAUCGCAAAACGGAGCCAACUUGUAUAACAUGUGAUUUGGGUGAAGCUCUGUGGAGCAGUCGUUACUAUUAUGUGAAUUGUUCUCACUUUGAUGCCUUUAUAAUGCCGACGUCUUCCAUUGCCACCCAGUCCGGAAUCUCAUUUUACAUACUUGAAUGCUUAGGUCCCGGUUUGCCAGUAUCGGGCGUUCAUUCACACAAAACCCAUAGCUUAGUGAAAAUAUUAUUCGACACACGUCCCUACUUUAGCGAACGUUUACAAAAGCUUGCCUUACCCACCCAGAGAUCAUUCGAAAUACCACUGCCCCACGGCAGUAGGGCCCAAGUGCAAUUAUUACUGCCACCUAGUUGGCGAGAAGAGCUUAGGGAUGCUGCCUUUCCCGUAGUAGUGGAAGUAAAUGGAAGACCAGGUUCGGAAUCGGUAUCCGAGAAAUUUCGUAUCGAUUGGGGCACCUAUAUGUCUUCACGAAACGAUGUCAUCUACAUUCGUUUGGAUGUAAGAGGAGCCAAAGGGCAAAGUAAAAAGUCUUUAUUUCGCCGUUUAGGCGGCGUAGAGGUGCAAGAUCAAAUUUCAGUGUUAAAAUACCUGCUAGAUACAAUUAGUUUUUUAGACGAAACACGUGUUGGGAUUUGGGGCUGGGGCUAUGGCGGUUAUGUAACUUCGAUGGUAUUGGGGACGCAACAAGAUGUCUUCAAAUGCGGCAUAGCAAUAUCGCCCAUUGCUGAUUGGCUAUACUACAAUACAGCAUUUACAGAACGCAUAUUGGGCUUGCCAGCGGAGAAUUACAAAGGUUACGUAGAAGCUGAUGCUACGCAAAGGGCACGUCUCAUUAAAUCGCAUUCGUUUUUUCUUAUACACGGCUUAGCUGAUUCAACCGCCCCAUAUAUUCACGGUGUGCAAUUGGCGAAAUCUCUAACGGACGCCAAUAUUCUGUACAGAUAUCAGACUUACGCCGAUGAAGGGCACGAGUUGGUCGGUGUUCUUGAACAUGUCUAUUCUUCCAUGGAACAUUAUUUUGCUGAUUGCCUCAGUCUCGAUCCUGAUGAUACCAAACCAAAUUUAGAUCAAACCAUUGUUCCAGCCGAAUAAUGGCAGAAUCACAAACUGAUUGACGAACAAUACGACCCUAAAUCAAAUGUACAUUUUAUCAUUUACGUGAUAUUAACUGCAAUAAUAGAGCAAACAAAAACAGCAACAAAUAAAUCAAAGUAACUUACAACUUGUACGCGUUGUAUAUAACUUUUAAGCAUAUGUACGAAACUAUACAAACUAUACUUUAAGUGCAUCUAUCAACUAAUUAGAGAUUUAAAGCAAAUACAUUCAUGCAUCGUUGUUUACACUUAAAUUGUAUUCAUACAUAUGUAUCAUUUAAAUAUUAUCUAAUUAAAAUUCGUACAUACAUACAUAUUAAUAGGGUAAUUAAUUUAGAAGACAAAAAAAAUCUUUAGAUAAACAAUGAAUCAAUUUAUAACCACAAACAACACUUGUAGAUACAACAUCUGUAGAUACAGUCGUAGAUAACGUUCUCACUUUUAUUAUCAAUCUCAUCUUAAGUAACGUCAGUGAAUUAAGUCAAUCGGAGUGACAACCAACUGCAAAGCACACAUGAAUGCAUACCUAAAACAUAUAAGUAUUAAUUCCACACACACACAUACAUGCAAUGAAAGUGGUAGGCAAUUACAAUAGAAGAUAUCAAAUUAGCGAAUAUAUGUUAUGUACAUUUAUUUCAAAAACACAAAUCAUUACUCUUCCUUAAACAUAAGAAGCUUUUCCAAAAUUAUUUUGCAUUCGUGUGUUUAAAAUAAUGGCAGUAGUUCUCUCAUAUUAAAAUUGAAUAACUGUUAUCCUAAUACGGAGGAUAGGGGUGUGUUCAUUUUGUCGAAAUGUUUACAAUACCCAGGCGUAAGCUGCAGACACCCACAUAUAUAUCGUUAAUUGGCAUCAAAUUUUGAAUUAAUUUAAAUAUGUCUACCUGCCCGUCUGCUUGUCUAUCUGUGCAACGUCGGGGGUUACCAUUCUCCCGUGCGCAAAAAAGAAGAUAUCGGCCUCAAGUAUUGCAAAAAAAAAAAUUUGAAAAUGUCUCUAACUGGUUACAGGACAGGCCUAGAAUAUAAAACAGACUAAGUGCACAUUUUCUUUUCGUGCAUUUUGCUCAUACGAUAUAAAUUUCCAUUUGUUUUCUACAAAAAUAGAUAAAACCAGCCACUCCCACUCCAUCCAAUGUGAUAGAAUUUGAAGAUUUAGUUUUUCCCUUUUAUUUAAUGUAUUCUAGUGCGAGGGUGACGGAUGUAUCGGUCAUAGUCGAAUACAAUUUUCUUGUUUAUAUAUUUUUUUUAUUUAACUUUUCCAUGUAUUACAGCCCUUGUGGUACAAGUUUUAUCAAGUAUCUACAGAGGUAGGUACUACCCAGAGCACUUUAAGAUAGACAUUUUUACUAUACCGAUCGACUCAGAAGACAAUUCUGAUUCUAAGUCUGCCUAUCUCUUCGUUUGGCUGUUAGCCUGUUUUGGCCCAAGCUCCAAUAUUAUUGAAAAUGAUUCGGAUCGUACCUCAUUUUGGACCAUAUCAUGUAUGGCAACUUGUUUUGAAAAGUCGUUACAUGAAAAACCGUGAAGCGAUGUAGGAUAGGUAAUGACAUGCCGUGCUUUUAAUUAAUUAUACAAUUUUUUAAAGUUUAGUAAAAAAUAAACAUUUAUUUAGGAAUACCUUAUCGUUUGACUUAUUGGAACCUAGAGAGAGUGACGGAAAAUUCAUUCGUUUACACUAAGUGCCCGCACAGUGCAGAAGAUGUCAGAUCUGUAAAAUCUAAAAGAACAAAAUUAGCAAGAAAAUCUUCUUUCACAACGUUUUGAAGCAAUUUGACAUUUACCCCAAAUCGUUACUCACUACCUCUAAACCUUUUACUUCUUCAUUUCUUACGUUUAUUAGAAUUUAAUCCAGAAACAUAUAUAUAGUAUGAGGAGACUGUUCAGUUAACAUAUGCAUGCAUAUAAGAGCACUGUUAUUAUUUUGAACACAAUGAAGCAGUACAACGUGUUUUGAUCAAAAACUAACGAGAAUUUUCGGUUUUCUUUCUUUCAAUUAUGUAAACUUCAAUGGUAAUCUUUUUCAAAGUUAAGUUUGGCUAGAAAUGCCAAAUGUGUCUGCUUGUAAGCGGGUAUGAAUUAUACAUAGAGUAGGCACAGAGUAGAAACCGCGUGAAUUUGACUCAGAUUUCAGAAGACUGAGAACAGUGGAAAAGAAUUGCUUUAGAAAUAGUCAACGCGCAGUUAAAAAGCCAAAAGUUUCGAUAAUGUGUUGUCCGGUAUACAGGCAACUAAACGAUAUGAGGAAAAGCCGACCCGGUCCUGUUAAAUCAUUUGAUUGGAUAGAUUUCUUUUCUAUCUCUGGAGAAAACCUACCAUAACAAUAAGCAUAAAUUGACGCUCAAUGGUGUCGUCUUCUCCGACCAUUUGACUUUUUCCUGCACACGGUAGCUAUGUUUCGACAAAUACAAACUAAGUGUUCGAUUUGACAGCCAAUUUUUAAAUACAUUGUUUAAGUCUUUAGCUAUACAGAUUUUUGAUCAAACCGCGUCUCACUUGCAUCUUCUAUUUAGGUAAAAUCGUAUUUUAUAUAUAGGUAUGAAAAAUGAAUUGGAUGUAAUUUUUUUAUUUAGAUAAAAAUAUUAAGUAACUGUGAACGAAACAACGCCAUUAUGAAACGAUCACUUAAAUUAACGAUACUUCACUAAAAAAGAAACGAAUUGCACUUUACUUGCAACAACACAAGAAUACAAGGCAAGGUUUUUUGUUUUUUUACAACUAUAAUGACUUAGCUUUGUUUUUAUUGUAAAUAUUAUAGCAUUUUAAUAUUUAUAAUUAAGUACGUUUUUAACACAUUUAUACACACAUCUCUCGAUGACAUCGAUUCAUUCAUUUGUUCAAUUAUCAUUAAUCAUUCACAAGACAUGAAGAAAAACUAAAACAAAACAAAAUAUUACAUAGAUGCAAUUUAAGAGCAACAUUGUGAAAGCAAAUUAAACAAACAACAUUUUUAUCCAUAACUUAUGACCUUACGGGUUAUACAUCCGUAUAAAAUUUGUUUUGUAUAUAUAAUGCUUUUGAUAAGGAUUGCAAAAAUUUCACAAGUUCGGAUGGACAUUUUAAAAGAACUUUUUGUGUUUCCUUCAGAGUGAGAUUAAGUUAGUGUAGGCAUAUUUUUCGUGGUGAAUCCAGGUCAUGUUCGCUUUCUGUUUAUCCAAUCACACGAGAAAAUAAUAGCAUUCUUUUCCACCCUGUUUUGAUGAAAACUGAAUCUUCUUCUUCUAGCAGGUAAUGGUGGCAUUUUAGUAAGAGGGCCCCCUAUAAAGCAUAGUCUUCAAGAAUUCGAUUCUUUUGUAAGUAGUUUGGCACGUCGUACCGUUUCCUUUUUUCUUUUUUUUUAAAAGUCAACGAUUGGUUUUUCUUCUUUUAAAAAAUUUAUUACAAACAGUUCGUGGAAUAGCACGCACCUGACAGUCAUCGACAUAUUUGGACUAUCGCUGUAACGCUUUUGAAGUCUAUACUGCCGAAGAUAGAGUAGAUUUUCCUCUUUCACUUAAUAAAAUGGUUUACGUACAUCCGGGAUGUUAACGUACGUUGUAAACGCCACUCGUUCCAUUUUUAUUAACGCGACUCAUUCGUACUGAUUUAGAUCCGAGAUUUAUUCUAAGACUUCGUUUUUAACAAAGCAAUUUUUUUAUAAACCAUGAGAGCUGUUGUGUUCCUUUUUUUAUCCUGGUUCACUUGUGAUACGAGGGCAACCGGGAAAAAUCUACCUUUAUUUUACAGUUUGAUUCCAGACCAAUUUCCGAAUUGAUUUAAGCUUGUCUGCCCAUCUGUCGAUUUGUCUGUCUUGCUUUCUUUCUUUCAAUAGGCCGCAUAUUUUUAAAAUAUUUUGACAAAAAUUGGUAUACGCGGACAUACUUUGUCCCAGGGACGGACGCUAUUGAAGGUGGUACGGAUCGGAACACUUUUUCGACCAUAUAACGGCGUAUUUCGAAAAGUGCUUAUAUGAAUAUCUUGUAUUAAGCAAAUUCGUAUAGGGUAUUUAAUGGUAGACCGUGGCCUACUAUAGAUUUAUUAUCAUAAAAACGGCAAGAACAUUUAACUCUUGUAAAAUUACAUCGCGAGCAUAUUGUAAGAAAGCCCAGCUGUCUAAGAGGAAUAUUUUUUUUAUUAACGACACUAAAGGCUUUAAGCCCUAAGCAAUUCUCUCAUAUAAAUACUCUUAACGAUUACGCAAUGUUAUAUUUGAUAAGUAUAUCCAUUUUUACACAUCUCUCAUAAUACUGAAUAUACAUAUAUUACCUCUUAAACUUUUUACCGCUAAUAGUUAUUGACUUUAUUACGUAAAGGCUUUCGGAUGUUCAAGUGCUUGUUAAGCGUUCUUUCUCAUCUCGUAUUAAACAUGUAUAAGGCGUGCGCGGUUUUAGAUGCGUAUUAACAUAUAUUUGAAAAAAAUUGGGGUUUUGUGAAUUUUAGUACCUUAUCAUUCAUUCAUUAUUGUCGUUGUUCUAUUUCUUUAUUUUUUUAUUUAUUUUUUUUUUUUUUUUUUGCAAACAAUUAUUAUUGAUCGUUUGUAAAAUGUUUAAAGUCAUAUAUGGUUGUGAUGUUCGCAAUUAGAGCUUAGCUUUAGAUGAAGAAAUAUGUUAAUAAAAGAAAAGGGAAGAAAUAUUUAAAAUAACGGUAAUUACAUUAAAAUUGAAAUUAAAAU